GCCUGAUCCGGGCCCUGCCAGCCGGCCGCGGGGCGGGGCGAGCACCGGGGCGAGCGCGGCGCGAAGGUAGCUAAGGCGGGGGCCGGCUGGGUCCUGCGCGGGGAGACGGGAGCGGUCCCGGCGCCGGGGCAGGUUUUUGACGUGGAGACUUCUGCGUGACACGCUGCUCUGACCCUCCCUGUCCUCCUGCCGUCCCUGCUGCAGGCGGGGCUGCCUGUGUGAGAUGGCGGGCUGGCUGCCUCGCUCUGCGGACCUAACCCGCUUCUGCCAGAAGCUCAACCGGGUGAAAACUCUGGAGGAUGACAUGAUGGAGACGACCUUCAACAGAUGCCUCUCCACCGUUGACCUGACGCUGCUGGGCAUAGGGGGCAUGGUUGGCUCUGGCCUGUAUGUCCUCACGGGCACAGUAGCCAAGGAGAUUGCUGGCCCUGCUGUCGUUGUCUCUUUCAUCAUUGCUGGCUUUGCCUCUCUGCUGGCAGCUCUCUGUUAUGCCGAGUUCGGUGCCCGGGUGCCUAAGACAGGCUCUGCGUACAUGUUCACCUACGUCUCCAUGGGCGAGAUCUGGGCCUUCCUGAUUGGCUGGAAUGUGCUCCUGGAGUACAUGAUCGGGGGCGCUGCGGUGGCAAGGGCAUGGAGUGCCUAUCUGGAUUCCAUAUUUAGUCAUAAAAUAAAAAAUUUCACUGAGACCCACGUUGGCACAUGGCAGGUGCCGUUCCUGGCACAGUACCCAGACUUCCUGGCAGCAGGCGUCUUGCUGAUAGCCACAGCAUUCAUCUCCUUUGGGGCCAAAGUGUCCUCCUGGCUUAACCACGUGUUCUCGGCCAUCAGCUUGGGUGUGAUCCUCUUCAUCCUCAUUAUGGGAUUCAUUCUCGCAGAACCCAAGAACUGGAGUGCUCAGGAAGGCGGCUUUGCUCCGUAUGGACUGUCAGGCAUCAUGGCAGGCACGGCCACCUGCUUCUAUGCCUUUGUAGGCUUUGAUGUCAUAGCAGCCUCCAGUGAAGAAGCCAGAAACCCCCAGAAGGCUGUUCCCAGAGCAAUAGCCAUCUCCUUGGGCCUGGCCGCGGGGGCCUAUAUACUGGUGUCUGUGGUGCUGACGCUGAUGGUGCCCUGGCACACUCUGGAUCCUGACUCUGCCCUGGCAGAUGCGUUUUACAGACGAGGUUACUCGUGGGCAGGGUUUAUAGUAGCUGCUGGUUCCAUUUGUGCCAUGAACACGGUUCUGCUGAGCAACCUCUUCUCCCUUCCCAGAAUUGUUUACGCCAUGGCGGAGGACGGGCUCUUUUUCCAGGUGUUCUCCAGAGUGCACCCCCGCACGCAGGUGCCCGUGGUCGGGAUUGUGGUGUUUGGGGUGCUCAUGGCUCUGAUGGCCCUCGUCUUCGACCUGGAGGCCCUGGUGCAGUUUCUGUCCAUUGGCACUCUGCAGGCUUACACCUUCGUCGCAGCCAGCAUCAUUGUGCUGCGCUUUCAGCAGGAGAAGUCGGCAGCUCCCCCUCAGCCUGCUGGGAGCCAGCCCAGUCCUGGGCCCAGCGAGGGGGCUGGGCCCAGCGAGCUAAAGGAAUACGAAUCCUUCUCGGACAAGCUGCAGCUGGUGGGCACUGACAAAGCCAAAGUGCACCGGGAGCCAGGGCAGCUGAAGGCAGCUUUCGAGCCCUACCUGGAGUUCCUCAGCGACUUCUACCCUGGGGAGGUGGUCACCAUUGCCGUGGUUACCUUGAUGGUGUCUGCCAUAUGCCUGUGCUCCAUCUUGGUAUUUGGCAACACCCAUCUUCACCUGCCCACCUGGAGCUACUCCCUGCUGCUGCUCCUCUUCAGCCUGGGAUUUCUGCUCAGCUUGCUUCUCAUUUGGGUCCAUGAGCAACAGCAGAGCACCAAGACCUUUCAGAUUCCGCUUGUGCCGCUCACUCCUGCGCUGAGUGUUCUCCUGAACGUCUAUCUCAUGCUGAAGCUGAGCUACAUGACAUGGCUUCGAUUCUCUGUCUGGUUGAUCCUAGGCCUCUUGGUGUACUUUGGUUACGGCAUCUGGCACAGCAAAGAGAACCUGCGUGAGCCCACGUCCCGCAGUGUGAGCGCCCGCUACGUGGUGUUCCCUAGCAGCAGCCUGGAGGAGACGGUGCAGGCAGUUCAACCCAACCCCCAGCCCUUGACGGAGCUGCCGGACAUGGUGACCGAGGAAGCCAAGCGAUGAUGCGUCAAGGGCGUAGCAGCCUCCCUGCGUGAAAAAGGACACCCCCCACCCCCACUUUCCUCUGCCGAAACAGCUGCCAGGGCUGGGGCUUCCCUGAGCAAACUCUGGGCUCUGGAGACAGGACGGUGAUACACAUCCUCUCCCCUCCUCACUCACAGCAAAAGCACUAGGGAGGUGAUGGCUGCCUCCUUUUCCAUACCCUGGCACACAGGAUCUGGCUUUUAUCCCCCUACUUCUAGCUCGUAGUAAUGUGUAAGCCGCGUCUUCCCCAACUGCUCCACCCGAAUCCCUUGCCAAACCCAGCACAACCCUCGUAACAACAGAAGGGUCAUGUUUCAAUUCCACCACUCUGUGCCCUGCCUGUCCUGAAAUAGCGGGGGGCAACAGAGUCAAUGUGGCCAUUCCCAGCAGAGCCCCCCGUCUCUUCCAAUGGCCCAGGGUGUAUGAUGAAGGGUCUCUGGCAAACACCCAGGUCACGCAGGGCUGAGAGUCAGGACUUUAUCCUGGCUCUCACAUGGACUCCUCGCCUCAGCUGAGUCCCUUCUCCCUAAACCUCAUCCCCAGCCGAGGGUGAUGCUUAA